UUAGAAAUUCUUCAAGUGGGGAAAUGGAAGUAAAAAAAAAAUCAAUUCAUCAAGAAAGAAAAAAUGCCAGUGAGAGUUGCAGAGACUUCUGCACCUUCUCAACAUCCAGGUGGUGCAAAUUCUGGGCAGACUCCACAGCAAUUUUGUUCUCUGUUGAGUGUUGGACAGGGCUUUUCUGGUACCCAGAAUGUGUCUAAUAUGCAGAAGGAGGAAGCUUGGAGAGUUAAUGUUCGUAUUCAAGGAUGUGAUCGCGAUCAUGGUUACUUAUGUGGCACUAUGGAAGCUCUCAAUGUUCCUAUGGCUGAUACACCAGUAGUAACCUUCUGGGAAGGGGAGAUUGUCGAUGGCAAGAAUUAUACGUUUUUCACCGGAAAAUGGGAAGCAUCACCGGAAGAUGAUAUAAGGCAUUGGACAAAGUUUUCAUCUUUUUCCCCAUUUUCGGGCCAAGUGGAGGCUGAUGGUGGCAAAUCUUUGGAGUUGAGUAAUUAUCCUUACACAUUUAUGAGAUGGAAAGAGCAAUAUUUUGUGAAUGUUGGAACAGACUGUGGCUUAACCAUAGCUGGAUUUUAUUAUGUUUGCUUCUCUUCCUCUGAUGGCUCCAUCAAUGGCUUCUAUUAUGAUCCGAAUAGCAGCCCGUAUCAGAAGCUUGAACUGAAAUCCACCAAUGAGGGUCGAUCAGGAUUUAGUUUUUCGACAUAUGAGUUACAGUAAAUGAAAGACCGUUACCUGAUUUCAGGAUUUGCUCCCAUCUUUAGCGAAUAGGUUUGCUGGAGACUCGUGUACAGAACUACGUCUCUGAAAACCUGAAGAAUUUGCUGGCAGAGACGGGUUCUAUUUGAAAGAUUGGAGAAGAUAUUCAGAUAACAUGGAACUGCUUCUUAUCCUGUCAAGAUUAUACUGGUCUUAGUGAAAAAAUGUGAACUGGUUACAAAUAUUUAUUUCUGAAGAACAUGUACUAUUUGUACUAUGUUGCUAAUCUUAGAUAUCUGUUGGGGUUCUUGCUCAA